GAAGUAAGGGUGGGUCCUUCAUUUUUGUUCAGUCUGAAUUACAUGAAAGGUAGCUCUUGCCAGAUCUAAGCUGCCUUCUGUCCCCACCCUCACAAGCUCCCAGUUCCUUCCUUCCCCAGUGAUGCCUGUGGACUGCCAGUAGAGGCUGCUCUCGUCCCAUGUGUGGGGAAUCACCUGGUUCGAGGCAGACCCUAUCCUGUCAUUUUCUUUACCCUUUUCUAAGUCUCCUCUCUGAAUAAUGUCUCAAAUUCUUGAGGAGAUGACCCGGACUCCUGAUUUUGGUUUUCAAAUGAUUUGGAGGUCAAUUUAGGACCCUAGCUCCCCCUAAAAUAAAGUUUCCUCAAUUUCUACCUUGCGGAAUAACCGUAUGACAUCCGAUGAUCCCCUCAUUGUCUCUGCAAAAAGAGACUUAAGGUCUUGAACAGUGGAGGAACAUCUGUUCUGUUUCAGAGGUCGAUAUAGGUAGCUAACAAUAUUUGAAUGCCUACCCCGUGUAAGACUCCGUUAAGCACUUUGUGCAUAAUCACAUUUCUCUUUACGAACCUGUAGGGUAGUUUUAUCCCUUCUUUAUAAGUGAGUACACUGAGACUGAUAAGUAACUCCCCUUGGGGGCACACAUCUUAGGGACCUGGGCCUUGUGUACAGAUCUGACUGCUAAGCCCAGGCCCUCACCACUCCUACUUUUGCACUGACUGGAUAGACGACUGAGACUGUGAAUCAAGGGCUUGUCCUUAGACAGCUGGCAAAACAGUGCUUACUGCUGAACUGGGCAGUGGAUCUUGGGAAUAUUGGGGAUUAGUGCCUGCCAGGAGGUAGGAAAAUGGAUGGUUACAGUGCUUGCAUGUAACACAUGGGACUUGAUGGGACAUCUGAGAUUUGCAUUCUUCCUCAGACCCAUUCUGGGUAGAAGGUAGAGAGCAGAGUUGCUCCAAAUGCUCUCUUACGUGGUCUGAUGGAAAUCAGAACUCCUAUUACAUGGAUAAGAGUUCAGGGACAGAGGAGAGGCUCUGCACGUGGAAGUAAUGCCUUGAGCCAAGCCACAGAACAGAAAAUUGGAACAGAAUUACGUAAAUUAAGGUCAGAAAUUUCCUGUCCAACCCACAGGGUGGAGUUUUCUCCAUUCCUAUCCAUCCUCCUGAAUAUAAACCCUGAUUUGAUGUCAGUAACUGGUAGAACUCUGAUUUUAGCUCUCAGCAUUCACAAUGAAUCUAAAGGUAGUCCUUGUGUUCCUGGCACUGUCCCUCAUUACUAUCUGUGCCGUGGCCUUUGUCUUGCUGACCAGCCAAGGUAGCUCCAGCCUGCCUCCCCGCUGCCCUUCUGUAUCCCACAGUGCCCAGCCCUGGACACACCCAGGCCAGAGCCAGCUGUUUGCAGACCUGAGCCGAGAGGAGCUGACGGCUGUGAUGAGCUUUCUGACCCAGCAGCUGGGCCCCGGCCUGGUGGAUGCAGCCCAGGCCCGCCCCUUGGACAACUGUGUCUUCUCGGUGGAGCUGCAGCUGCCCCCCAAGGCUGCAGCCCUGGCCCACCUGGACAGGGGGAGACCCCCACCUGCCCGGGAGGCACUGGCCAUCGUCUUAUUCGGUGGACAAGCCCAGCCCAACGUGAGUGAGCUGGUGGUGGGGCCGCUGCCACACCCCACCUACAUGCGGGAUGUGACCCUGGAACGUCACGGGGGCCCCCUGCCCUAUCACCGACGCCCCAUGCUGAGAACUGAGUAUGUACAGAUAUGGAAGCACUUGAAGGAGGUGGAGUUAACCAAGGCACCAGUCUUCCUGGCUUCUGUCUUCAACUACAAUGGCUCCACUUUGGCAUCUGUGCCAGCCACCCCAAGAGGCUUGCGCUCAGGGGACCGUGCCACCUGGCUAGCCCUCUACCAUAACAUCUCAGGUGUUGGGAUUUUCCUUCACCCAGUGGGGCUGGAGCUACUGCUGGACCACAGGGCCUUGGACCCUGCCCGUUGGGCUGUCCAGCAGGUUUUCUACCUCGGGCGCUACUAUGCAGACUUGGGCCAGUUGGAAUGGGAAUUUAAAGCUGGCCAGCUGGAAGUAGUUAGAGUUCCUCUACCUCUGCCAGAUGGCACUUCCUCCCUGAGGUCCCGGAUCUCCCCAGGUCCUCUUCCUCCUCUUCAGUUCUCACCCCAGGGUUCCCGAUACACUGUGCAGGGGAACCUGGUGGCAUCCUCUCUCUGGACAUUUACCUUUGGCCAUGGGGUGUUCAGUGGCAUGAGGAUUUUUGAUAUUCGGUUCAAGGGUGAGCGUGUGGCCUAUGAAGUCAGUGUUCAGGAGUGCAUGUCUGUCUAUGGUGCUGAUUCACCCAAGACAAUGAUGACCCGAUACUUGGAUAGCAGCUAUGGACUUGGCCGUCACAGCCGGGGCUUGGUGCGGGGAGUGGACUGCCCCUAUCAGUCUACAAUGGUGGACAUCCACAUAUUAGUGGGCAAAGGGACAGUCCAGCUGCUCCCAGGGGCCGUGUGUAUAUUUGAGGAGGCCCAGGGGCUACCCCUCCGAAGGCAUCACAAUCACCUUGAGAGUCAUUUCUAUGGUGGUUUGGCCAGCUCAGCCCUUGUAGUCAGGUCUGUGUCAUCUGUAGGCAACUAUGACUACAUUUGGGACUUUGUAAUGCAUCCAAACGGGGCGCUAGAGGGGCGGGUCCAUGCCACGGGCUAUAUCAACACAGCUUUCCUGAGUGGGGGAGAGGAAAGCCUCCUCUUUGGGAACCGUGUGGGGGAACAAGUGCUGGGGACGGUGCACACGCAUGCCUUCCACUUCAAGCUGGACCUGGAUGUGGCAGGGCUGAAAAACUGGGUGGUGGUGGAAGACGUGGUGUUUAAACCUGUGGCAGUGCCUUGGAGUCCGGAGCACCAACUGCAGCGCCCACAGCUGACUCGGCAGGUCCUGGGAAGGGAGGACCUGGCAGCUUUUUCCCUGGGAAGCCCCCUUCCCCGCUACUUUUACCUGGCUAGCAACCAGACUAAUGCCUGGGGUCACCGGCGCGGGUACCGAAUCCAGGUCCACAGCCCCCGCGGCAUACACGUGCCCCUGGAGAGCGACAUGGAGAGGGCCGUCAGCUGGGGGAGAUACCAGCUCGUGGUGACUCAGAGGAAAGAGGAGGAGUCACAGAGCAGCAGCAUCUAUUACCAGAAUGACAUCUGGACACCCUCUGUGGCCUUUGCUGACUUCAUCAACAAUGAGACCCUCUUAGGAGAGGACCUGGUCGCUUGGGUUACAGCCAGCUUCCUGCACAUUCCCCACGCUGAGGAUGUCCCCAACACGGUGACUCUGGGGAACAGAGUUGGCUUCUUGCUCCGACCCUAUAACUUCUUUGAUGAAGACCCUUCCAUCUUCUCCCCUGGCAGCGUCUACUUUGAGAAGGGCCAGGAUGCUGGGCUCUGCAGUGUCAACCCUGUGGCCUGUAUCCCCCACCUGGCAGCCUGUGUCCCAGACCUGCCCCCUUUCUCUUACCAAGGCUUUUAGCUCCGGGGGUGGGACACGGAGGGGAGUAUUGAAACAUGUACCUUCCUCUCUAGUCCCACUUCCUGUCUCCUUAACUCCCCCUCUUAAAUGUGUCUUAGGAAACAGCCUCCUCCCACACUAAACCCCCAUAUAUCCUUUUGGUUAAUUCUUAUUUCCAGUUCAUUUUCUUAAAAUGAUCAGUUUAUACAAAUGAUAUUACUAUUAAAAUAUUCAAACAAAAACACCACAAAUCCUACCACUCAUAUAGCUAGUGCUCACAUUCAGUGAAUGUUUUACCAAACAUUUCUUUACAUACAUGCUUUGAAAUGGAAGAAUAGAUAGGAUUUUGUGAAAAUAGAUGGUAUGUGUAAUUUAUAAUAAAAGAGUAUUACCAGA